AUGGAGCCUGCCAGUGCUAGCUUGGUCUCCCUGAGGGCAUCCACCGCCACGAGCCGCAGCUGCUUCUCAUGUCGGCAGCGAGCGACGCCCAGGACCAGGAUGCUUCCGGCCAUGGCGUCCAAGUCUGGGGCGAAACUGGUGGCUUCAGGCUGCAAGACAUGCAGGGGGAAGGGUGCAGUGGAAUGCGAAGGCUGCAAGGGGACUGGCAGGAACAAGAAGAACGGCAACAUCUUCGAGAGAUGGAAGUGCUUCGACUGCCAGGGGUUUGGGAUGAGGAAGUGCCCCACCUGCGGCAAGGGAGGCCUCACGCCGGAGCAGAGAGGAGAAAGAUAG